GCCAGCCCCGCCACCGGCACCGGCACCGGCACCGGCACCAGCACCGGCCCCCGUACCCGGCACCCGCACCCGACAGCAGCACCGACAUCGCCGCCGGCUCCGGGCAGCAGCACCGACAUCGCGCAGCGGCAACGGGCGCCGACACCGGAGCCGGGAGGCGGUACCGAGAGCGGCCCCCAGCCCUGGCGGCAGCCCCGGGAGCGGCGGCCCCCCCGGCCCCCUGCCCGGCCAUGCGGUGAGGGCCGCCCACUCGGUUCCUCGGCCCCGGGAGCGGCGGCCGGACGGGCUCUCCCUCCCUCCCUCCGCUACCGGCACCGGCAGCCUCUCCCCGUCCCGGUACCGGCGCCGGUGCUGCCCUGCCCCGCGGGCCCUUUCCCUUCCGUCCAGCGGGAGGUUGGCGGAUUUCAGAGAGGGAAGGAGGGGGGGAAAAAAAAGCCCAAAACAACAAGAAGAAGCCGCCAGCUCCCGGGAGAGUCGGCCCGGAAAGGAACUCCUGGGAUCACCGGGAGGUUGGGCUGGUUUUGGGGCCGGUUCCCGGUGCUUUCCCGGUGCCCACGGACGGGCAGGCGCUGGCGGGAGGAAUUCGGGCUGUUUCACCCACAGGAACCCCUGAGAAAAGUCGCUUUGGAUUUAUUUCCUCGCUGGCAGCCGGAUCUUUUCCUCCCGGGAAGUGAAACGCUGGGAUCAGCGUCUCCAGCGAGAGGAAAACCUGCGUGGCCGUGGCCGGGCCUGACGUCCCGCGGGAAUGCGGGAAGCGCCGCUGGCUUGACCGGGGAAUGCUGGCGUUAACCGGGGCGCUGGGACUGGGGGGGUUCCUUGGCCAGGCGGCCCCCGGCGUCACCACCUCGGGGAUUUCUUCUCCACCUUUUUUUUUUGUCACCCUGAGAAAGCUUCUCCCACAGCCCGGUCCCGGUGCCGAGUGAGCUCUUGGGAUCGCCCUGGGGGCCUCGGUGCUUCUUUCCGGCUGCGGGAAUUGCCCUGUACGCCCCGUGCGUCCCGUCACCCCCUCUGCCCCGGGGACCGGCCAUGGCGUUGAAAGCCCGAGCGCUUUACAACUUCCAGAGUGAAAACAAAGAGGAGAUCAGCAUCCAGGAGAACGAGGAGCUCGUCAUCUUCAGCGAGAACUCCCUGGAUGGCUGGUUACAGGGCCAGAACAGCCGCGGGGAGACCGGCCUCUUCCCCGCUUCCUACGUCGAAAUCCUCCGCUCCCGCUCGGGCUCCAACUACACGGACUACUCGAGCAGCCCGGCCGGCUCCCCUGGGCACGAUUCCUCCUUCUACACAGCUCCCCCCAACCCCGGCAUCUCCUACCAGGGCAGUUUCGAGGAUGACGAUGACGAUGAUUGGGAUGAUUGGGACGAUUCUUGCACGGUGGUGGAGGAGCCCCGGAGCACACCGGGCACCAACGGGCACCCUUCACCCAGCCUGCAGUACCCACCGGCCUACGGCCACCACCAGCACGCUGGUUACCAUCCCAAGCCAGCGCUGGAGAGGCAGGACAGCAUGAGCUCCUCCAAGAGGGGCAGCGUGGUGGGGAGGAACCUCAACCGCUUCUCCUGCUUCGUCCGUUCAGGGGUGGAGGCCUUCAUCCUGGGCGACGUGCCCCUGAUGUCCAAGAUCGCUGAGGCCUACUGCAUAGAGAUGGGCUCCAGAGGGCCCCAGUGGAGGGCCAACCCCCACCCCUUCAUCUGCUCCGUGGAGGACCCGACCAAGCAAACCAAGUUCAAGGGCAUCAAGAGCUACAUCUCCUACAAGCUGACCCCCAGCAACAUCAACUCGCCCGUCUACCGGCGGUACAAGCACUUUGACUGGCUCUACAACCGCCUCCUGCACAAGUUCACCGUCAUCUCGGUGCCCCACCUGCCUGAGAAGCAGGCCACCGGGCGCUUCGAGGAGGACUUCAUCGAGAAGCGCAAGCGGCGGCUGAUCCUCUGGAUGGACCAUAUGACCAGCCACCCCGUCCUCUCCCAGUACGAGGGCUUCCAGCACUUCCUCUGCUGCCGCGAUGAGAAGCAGUGGAAGCUGGGCAAACGCCGGGCGGAGAAGGACGAGAUGGUGGGCGCCAGCUUCCUCCUCACCAUCCAGAUCCCCACGGAGCACCAGGACUUGCAGGACGUGGAGGACCGUGUGGAUGCCUUCAAGGCCUUCAGCAAGAAGAUGGACGACAGUGUCCUGCAGCUGACGAACGUGGCCUCAGAGCUGGUGCGCAAACACGUGGGGGGCUUCCGGAAGGAGUUCCAGAAGCUGGGCAAUGCCUUCCAAGCCAUCAGCCACUCCUUCCACAUGGACCCCCCUUACAGCUCAGAUGCCCUCAACAAUGCCAUCUCCCAUACGGGCAAGACGUAUGAGACCGUGGGGGAGAUGUUUGCUGAGCAGCCCAAGAACGACCUGUUCCUCAUGCUGGACACUCUCUCUUUGUACCAAGGGCUCCUCUCCAACUUCCCAGACAUCAUCCACCUCCAGAAAGGCGCCUUCGCCAAGGUGAAGGAGAGCCAGCGGAUGAGCGACGAGGGCCGGAUGGACCAGGAGGAGGCGGACGGGAUCCGCAAGCGCUGCCGGGUGGUGGGCUUCGCCCUGCAGGCCGAGAUGAACCACUUCCACGAGCGGCGCGUGGCCGACUUCAAGAGGAUGAUGCAGUCUUACCUGAAGCAGCAGAUUGUCUUCUACCAGCGGGUCAGCCAGCAGCUGGAGAAGACGCUACGCAUGUACGACAACCUCUAAGGCCUUCCGCUUGCUGCCCCGCCGAAACCCCGCACUUCUCUCCCCGCCGCCUCGCAGGCCUCCUCUGAUCGCGACCGGCUGAGAACGAACGGGAACUCAUCACGCUAGUGACCAAAUCACUUGGGGCUUUCUUCCCCCUUUCCCAGGCUGUGGGCCUGAGGGGAAAGGGCUCACCCCCCAGGCUGGCCGUGCCACCUCUGUCCCUGGGGACCUCCCACCCUGCCGCGGGUCUGGCGGGGGCGUGGGGGUGUCACAAGAGGGAUGGCAGUGGAGGUGACAGUGCCACUGGCUCUGCCCAGGGAUCUUUAGCUUUCUGACAACCCAUCCUCCUCCAGCAGAGAGGUGGGUCCAUCCCAGCCCCCCCCCUGGGAGAAGAAAUCAAAGCGGUCGACAUUUUGCACACUAAAAGCUUUUCUGAUGGAAAAAGGAGAAGAAAAAGAUCUUUAUUUGGAAGAGGAUGACUUUUUUUGGUUUGUUGUUUGUUUUGGUUUUUUUUGUCACAAGAUCUUUUUUGAUUUUUCGCAAACGUUUCUGCAGCAUUUUUACCAGUCAAGUUUUUAAAUAGACACACCGAGGCGAAGGGAAAUCUCUUUCUCCAGCACAGCUGCUGCCUGGGAAAA